AUGGUCAACUCCCGUUGUGGCUCCGUCUGCUCUGACCAGGGCUGUGGCCAAGGCUGCUGCCAGGAGACCUGCUGCCGUCCCACCUGCUGUCAGACCACCUGCUGCAGGACCACCUGCUGCCGCCCCAGCUGCUGUGUGUCCAGCUGCUGCCGCCCCAGCUGCUGUGUGUCCAGCUGCUGCAGGCCUCAGUGUUGCCAGUCUGUGUGCUGCCAACCCACUUGCUGUCGUCCCACCUGCUGUCAGACCACCUGUUGCCGCCCCAGCUGCUGUGUGUCCAGCUGCUGCCGUCCCACCUGCUGUCAGACCACCUGCUGCAGGACCACCUGCUGCCGCCCCAACUGCUGUGUGUCCAGCUGCUGCAGGCCCCAGUGUUACCAGUCUGUGUGCUGUCAGCCCACCUGCUGCCGUCCCACCUGCUGUCAGACCACCUGCUGCCGCCCCAGCUGCUGUCGUCCAGUCUGCUGCCAGACCACCUGCUGUAGAACAACCUGCUGCCGCCCCAGCAGCUGUGGCAGUUCUUGCUGCUAA